AUGAUUACGUGUGAGAAUAACGACGACUAUUUCUUCGAACCCACCCUCAACCGUCUACUGGAAAACGACUCAUUAGAAUGGAUUUUCGUCGGUGGAAAAGGAGGUGUUGGUAAAACAACAACUAGUUGUUCGUUAGCGGUUCAACUUGCAAAAAAACGAGAAAGCGUGUUGAUUGUCUCGACAGAUCCGGCCCAUAAUGUUUCAGACGCGUUCGGACAGAAAUUUACAAGUCAGCCGUUGAAAGUACGAGGUUUUGACAAUCUCUAUGCCAUGGAAACUGAUCCCACUAACUACAAGUCUAGUGCUUAUAAUUUAGAAGACGAUGACAAAAAAGGUUUGAUGUCGAUCAUUCCAGAAUUGCUUUCUACGUUCCCCGGAAUAGACGAAGCGAUGGGAUUUGCAGAUCUGAUGAACUUUAUUCAAUCCUUAAACUUUAGCGUUAUCGUCCUAGAUACCGCUCCAACCGGACACACGUUAAGACUUUUAAACUUUCCUACACUGAUAGACAGCGCUUUCGAAAAAUUUGGCGACUUAGGAUCUCAGUUUUCCUCCAUGAUGAAAAUGUUCGAUGGCGGCGCUAACGAAAAUAACCAACUCGAUAAAUUUAGAGCUUUAACCCACAGCAUUUGCGAGACGUUCCGCGACGCUUCCAGAACUACAUUUGUCUGCGUCUGUAUUCCAGAAUUUUUGUCGGUUUACGAAACAGAACGAUUGAUUCUUCAGCUGGCCAACAACGAAAUCGACGUCAGUUACAUCGUGGUAAACCAGGUAAUCUUUCCGAACCGUUUGUAUGAAAAUUUCAUGUCCAGAAGGAAAAUACAGUCCAAAUAUUUAAAACAAGUAAAAGAAUUAUAUUCGGAAAAUUUUCAUGUCAUACCCGUGCCAUUAAGACCGUAUGAAGUCAGAGGUAUAAAAGCCAUUAACUCGUUCGGUGAAUUAUUAUUACAACCAAGAGAAUUACCAAUCGUAGAAGAUACCAACUAA